AUGGAAAUUAAUGGUCUAUGUGAUCUGGGAUAUAAAGGAGAUAAAUUCACAUGGUGUAAUGAACACCUAGGUGAUCAUUUUACAAAAGAGAGGCUAGAUAGAUUUGUAGCAAAGAAUAGCUGGACAGAAGUUUUUCAGGAAGUUUGGGUGGAAGUAUUACCUGCAAGAAGCUCAGACCAUAAGCCUCUAGUGUUGAAUAAGCAUACAAUUCACACUAGGUGUGAGGAUAGAAGGAAGCUAUUCAUAUUUGGAGCUUGUUGGAUCAAAGACAAGGAUUGUGAGGAGGUUGUAUCGAAGGAAUGGGUCAAUGUUAGUGGAAGCAGUGACCUUAUGGAAAAGAUUCAAAGUUCACUAAGGGAAUGUGGUGCAGCACUAACUGGGUGGAGUAGACAAAAUUCCAAAGAUAAUGAGGGCGAGUUAAGAAGCAAAACUAAUAGACUAAAGGAACUGGAGGAAGAAGAGAAGGGUUGA